AUGGGUCUUUCUGCUGUGUUCAUCUGUAUGUUAUUCUUGUCAUCGCUGUCUCAUACAAAAGCCUCCCAAGCAACGUCUUGUGCUAACGUUUGCAACCCCUGUCGCCCGACAUCGAACACCGCAGCCUGUGACUACCUAGGUUUAACCUACGUUCCCACUAACUUCCCGGCCGGCGUGGACAAAAUAUAUCUUGAGUGGAACGAACUGGAAGUCAUCCCUAGUUCGUCGUUUCCAAACGUGCCAUCCGCAACGCACCUAAACCUUUCCUACAACAAGAUACGCGAGGUAGAGAGGCAAGCGUUCAAGGGCAUGUUGAAGAUCCGUACCAUUGACCUCAGAGGAAAUCAACUGACAAAAAUCGACCACGACUUCUUCGGACUGCUACCAAAGCUAACGUUCCUGUAUCUACAGAACAACUCAAUAUUGAAUGUGUCAUCCACAGCUUUCACUGGGGUCUCAGCUUUGCUGAGCAAAGUGUACUUCAGUGACAACUGUUUGAAAGACAUCCCAUGGCAAGCGCUUGAAAUGUUGAAGAUGAUCUCCGAAGUCGACUUCGACCGUAACAAGAUUCAAACCUCCUCAGCCCCUCCCAAGCUGCGAACUCUAAUGCCUAUUGAAGUUUCAGUCAGACAAAACCCGUGGCACUGUGACUGUGAGCUGACCCCUUUCGUUAAGUGGCUUCGCCAGGGGAGUUACGUAAAGAGCCCGUAUAACCUGACCUGUGCAAGCCCCAGUGAUCAAGAAGGCAAAAAGCUGGUCACUCUAGACGAGGAAACCCUCUGUGGCGUAACUCAGACAUUAGACAUGAAGAGCACGAACACUGCAGAUCCUGACCGUGGUAUCUUCUUCACAGCUACCCCAAUCAUGAAUCACACCAAUAGCAAUGGAACGGACUUUAACACAAGUCUCGCCCUGAACAGUGAACAGUCGAAUGUCGUAACUACAGGUGAGGGAACCAUCGACUAUGUGCUGCUAUUACCCGUUGCUGACGCGUCUCAGUUUGAAAAUAACGGUCCACAUAAAGUGGCUAGCUGCAUAGCCGUAUUGGUGGUGUCAGCACUUGGUUUUACAUACUUCCUGUACAAGGUUAUCCGUAGCAGGAAGACUGUGAAUCAUCAGGUAACGUAA